AUGGCCGUGAUGGACGCAUCGUUGCCAACGACGAUGACGACGACGACGGCGACCGCGAUGACGAACACGUGCCAGGGCUUCUCCGCGCUGCUGCCUCAUCCUGCCGCCGUCUCCCCUCCAUCCCCCUGCCAGCAACCUUUUACGCCAACCAACACUUUUGCACGUCAGCACCACCAAGAUCGAUCACCGCAGCCGACGCAGUACCGGGAACGUCGUCGCCACUCCAGCUCCUCUCUCGCGGCGUCACCGUUGGCUUCGCCCGCCUCCUCCGCAUCGCACACGCCUCACACGGAUGCGUACGAAGCGGCGAUGGCAGCGGAGACGCGGCGCACGGACGUGGGUGUCUCCCUGCUUCAGCGACCGAGCUCGCUGCCGUUAUGCACGGUGAAGUCGUACGGUACCGCGUCGGACAUCAGUGACGACGGCUCGCGCAGCUCCUUGAGCGCUGUGGUGGCGGUGCACACACCAAACGAUACAUUCGACUUGAUGACAACGCAGACGGUAGGCUACAGCACGCCAAACACCCGUCCCGAAUUCCCACCUGGUCAGCUCGCGCACCACGCGCAGCAGAGGCAAGGCCAAGUCAAGCCCAGCUACGCGGUCGAGUUCUUGGCGUACGAUCCGCACAGCUUUGCCCUUUUAGAUGGCAACGCGCACAUGGUUAGUGGGGUCGGGCAGAGCGACCCGGCGCCCCUCCCCGGAGGCACGCCGCAGGAGCCGCCGGCGCCGGAAGGAGGCGCCGAUGCUGGCGCAGCACCGGCUGAGGCCGGACGGCCUGUCAGCCCCGCCGCUGGCCCCAGCAGUCCUGUGCCGCCCUUUCUGUCGAGAAGCGCCCAGUCGCCAACGGGGCCGCCGCCGACCUUUGUGGAGCUCGUGAUGCGGCGCAUGGAGAGCACAUCACUCCUGCAGUUUCUGUGGGUGGUGCUGCUGAUGGUCAUGCUCCUGGUGGGCAACGCGUUUCAAGUGAUCUUCCUCAACUUCUGGAUCCACCAGUUUCCUACGAAGCUGCACUCGCCGAUCACCCCGGCGUCCUCGUCGUCCGCGAGCAGCAGCAGCGCCAGCGACAGCGGCAGCGGGGGGCACGCGAAGGCGCUGGCGAGCAGCUACACCACCUUCGUCAUCUCCGCCGUACUGUUCCCUGCCUUCUUCGUUGUGAUCUUCAUCACGUAUGCACUGUGGCGGCGCCCGAACCUGCGCUUCACUCGCGAGUGGGCUGGAUGGCGGCUGCUGUUCGGCAUUGGGGCGAUGGACGCGUUGAACAGUGCCUUGGCCAUCUACGCCGCCGCCAACACGCCGGAAGUGCUGCAGGCGCUGUUCGUCUCCCUCGUCCCCAUCUACUCUGCCACCUUCACCAAGUGGUUGCUGAAGGACCCGCGCGACUACGCCAACCCGUACGUCGUGGUUAGCUUUGUUCUGAUCGCGACCGGUGUAGCGCUUGCCUCACUGUUCAACUACGUCGUGACGCACCACCACCACACGGAGGGCAGCAGCGGGAGUGGGCAGGCGGCGGUCGGUGGUCACGCCGGCGUGAAGGACCUGCUCUUCGCCGUCCUUUCAGGCGGGUCAUCGUCCUCGUCAUCGCCCGUGGCGCUGGACCGCCGACUGUGGUGCUUCAUUUUUUUUCUCUCCGUCCCGCCAACGGUGCUGAUGAACGUGUGGCAGACCAUGUACAUGAUUCGGUACACAAGCAACGAUCAGCUGAUGGCCUACCUUGCCGAGCACGCAGAUGACCCGGAAGGCGAGGAAAACAACGAUAAUGCGCCAGCGGGUGCUCCGGGGCAGGUCACGGCGCUGCUGGACGGCGCCAGAGACAGCCACGGCGACGCGCCACAUCACCCCGCCCCGGCGGCGGGAGAAGCGGUGGAGCGGGUCCCGCUGCAGCCCUCGGCCGCCUCCGCAUCUAGGCCCUUGCCGGGUGGGUGGGCGCACCAGCAGCACAUCCCGCACAACGAGCACCUCCUGCACGGCGAGGAUGCGAGCGUCAAACUCGUCAUGCUGACCUCCGACACGACUAUCCAAGCUAUCCUUGCCCUUAUGCUGAUGCCGAUGGACGCCCUGCCAUGGUUCGGCGGCAGUAACUCGAUCGGCGAAGUCGUGCAGAACCUUGAGGACGGUAUCAACUGUGUGCUGCACUGCCCCCGCAACAUGCGCUACUGCAUCUUGUACAGCACAGGCUUCGUACUCGUGUACAUCGCCUCGGCCUACCUCAACCGCUACAGUGUGACCCUCUGCUCCAUGGUCAGCCAGCUCUCCGGCCCCAUCACCGCCCUCGUCCUUAUCAUCUUUCCCUCCCUGAACAUGACCGCCGACGCCUCACCGUGGUACGUGAGCGUCUUUGCCAUCCUCAUGCUGUCCUGCGGCACCGUCAUGUACGUCUACUGGGACGAGAUGACGGUGGAGGAAAAGGCAGUGGGCGAGAUGCAGCUGAAGUGGGCAAUGAUGCAGGAGCAGUCGUCCCGACACCCGCCGUUGUCGGCAGAGGGCCAGCGGUACCACGAAAUCGACAGCAACGUCAACGGAAGCAGCCUCACCACAUCGCACUCCGGCGUGGCGCAGCCGCAGCAGCAUCGCCAUUCUCGAUGGCGGCGCUACCACCGUCGUCUUCGCCCCGAUUACGCUGUCGUGGUCGACCAAGACGCGUCGGACGCCUCUGUCGGCGGACAACCGCACCCCCACUGA